AAGAAGGAGGUCUCAUUUCUUCCCGAGCAGACUGAACCGCCUCGGCUUCUCCCCUCCAGCCUACCUCAUCCGCACACGACUGACUUAACUUUCCCAACACCUUUCCUCGUCUACUCUUUGGAUUUUCCUCCCUGCAUUCAUGAGGAUAUUGUGAUUCUCUUCCCUGCAGGCGGCCCCGCAGAAAUCCUCCCUCUCUGCAGUCAGUGCGGAACCAGAAGUGCCAGAAGUCUCUGCUCGUGUCUGCUGGUUUUUUGUGGUGUGUUAUUUCUGUCCGACUACAGUAUGUAUUCGGUGGUGAGGAAGCUGUUUUUGUCGGAGUGUCGGUGCGCGGAAGAUGCGUCGAGCAGGACGUACGAGCAGCUGUUCGCCCGGCUGGACACCAACCGGGAUGGGAAGGUGGAUGUGUCGGAGCUGAAGGCAGGCCUGGCUGCCAUGGGCAUCAGGGCCGGGCCGGGGGCGGCCCAGAAAAUUAUUACAGCAGGAGACGAAAACAAAAACGACAGCCUUGACUUCAACGAAUUCACCAAAUAUCUGAAGGAACACGAGAAGAAGUUACGACUGACCUUCAAGAGCUUGGACAAAAACAAUGAUGGCCGAAUAGACUUUAUGGAAAUAAAGCAGUCUCUUGCUGAUCUUGGACUGGACGUAAGCAGGGAAGAUGCAGAGAGAAUCCUUCAGAGCAUCGAUGUGGACGGCACCAUGACUGUGGACUGGGGUGAGUGGAGGGAGCAUUUCCUGUUCAAUCCGGCCACCAACCUGCAGGACAUUAUCCGCUACUGGAAGAAAACCACAGUGUUGGACAUUGGUGACAGCAUCACCAUCCCAGAUGAGUUCACGGAGGAAGAAAAGACGACCGGUAUGUGGUGGAAGCAGCUGUCGGCGGGAGCCAUGGCGGGCGCCGUGUCCCGCACAGGAACCGCCCCACUGGACAGAAUGAAGGUCUUCAUGCAGGUGCACUCUUCGAAAAGCAACAAAAUCAGUCUUGUGGGAGGUUUUAAGCAAAUGUUAAAAGAAGGAGGAGUGGCGUCCCUGUGGAGAGGAAACGGUAUCAACGUCCUGAAGAUCGCCCCUGAGACGGCCAUUAAAUUCAUGGCUUAUGAACAGUAUAAGAAGCUGCUAGCCAGCGAGCCAGGGAAGGUCAAGACCCAUGAGAGGUUCAUGGCAGGAUCGCUGGCCGGGGCCACGGCACAAACGGCCAUCUAUCCCAUGGAGGUGAUGAAAACCCGUCUGACACUGAGGAAAACUGGACAGUACUCAGGAAUGUUCGACUGUGCCAAGAAAAUCCUGAAGAAGGAGGGCGUGAAGGCGUUUUACAAGGGCUACAUUCCCAAUAUUCUGGGCAUCAUACCCUACGCCGGGAUCGACCUGGCCGUCUAUGAGAGCUUGAAGAACCUCUGGUUGUCCAAAUAUGCCAAGGACACAGCAAACCCAGGAAUCCUGGUGCUGCUGGGCUGCGGGACCAUCUCCAGCACUUGUGGCCAGCUGGCCAGCUACCCGCUGGCUCUGAUCCGCACCCGCAUGCAGGCACAAGCUUCUCUUGAGGGUGCGGAGCAGUUGCCGAUGGGCAACAUGGUGAAGAAGAUCCUGGAGAAGGAGGGCUUCUUUGGACUUUACCGUGGCAUCCUGCCCAAUUUCAUGAAAGUCAUCCCAGCCGUCAGCAUCAGCUACGUGGUGUAUGAGUACAUGCGCUCCGGCCUGGGAAUCCAGAAGUAGCUGCAGAACCGUCCGUGUACACAACAGUGCAAGAUGUGCUGCAUUUUUUUUUCCCACUUUCAUCUGGCAUUUGGAGAGAUUGUUUACCUGGAGGUCCCCAGAGUCUGGACCCAGACCGCUGCAGAUGGAGCCCGUGUAGAGAGUUUAAAGAGACAGCAGGACCUGAACUGCAGUACUGUGCAACUGUCAGCAAAGAAAAAACCCUGCUGCACUACCACGCCGUUAGCAUCUCUACGGGGCGUCCAAAUCAUGCUGUUUACACUCCACCGACAGCUUUAAGUGCACUGACUUUGGGUCAACCAGCUUUCAGUUUAAAAAAAACUUAAAUAGGAUUUCUUUUUUUUUUCUUUGAAUCAGAAUCCUGUUGUGUACCAAAAAUGUCACGUUCCUCUUGACCAAAGAGCACCUUAUUGCAUCACUUAAACAAAAAGUCCUUUUUAUCUCCUGCUGUCAUUAUCACAAAUACUCCAACAAUCAAAAAAAGAAGUAACUUUGUUUUACAUCUUAAUGCAGCCACACUAAAAAUGUAUUCAGUCACCUAUGAGAAGAGAGGUGUGUCAUCUAGAAAUCUGGGAAAAAUCUAAGUGCGAUAUGUCCUGGUGGGGAUGUAUUUAACUUGAGUCUUCUGUAAAGGUGGUGUUUGUGUACAACUUUACGACACUUCUUCAGUGAGGCUGUCUGGGAAGAAAUGUGCCUUGUGUGUUUUUCUCAGAUAUCUGGAGACUCAUAUCCUCCUCUUCUUUUGCCUUCCUUUCCAAUAUUUGGUUCAUAGAUGCUGGAGUUUACAUAGAAAGAUUACAUGACCACAUUUUAUUUUCAAAAAAUAAACUUUGAAUUAAAGUAUUUUGUUUCUUUUUUUGAGCGGUGCAACACAUACCAGAAUACACUCUGAGCUUCGAUGUGGCGGGGGUGAUCCCUGAAGCUCUAAGAACAGAUUACUCUAGUUUAGAUGUUACGUAAUAAUCUGUUCCCCCGGUAUUGUCACUCCUGGCUUUCCCUGUCUGGUCAAACUGUGGACCCCACAUCGAUGGAUCAGUAACUCGUGGAGGCAAAAUAACAACCGUCAAGCUACAAGUCGCAGUUAACUCAAAUCUUUGUAUUGGAAAAAAUAAAACUUUUAUAUUU